GGUGUGGUCAAUGGGGAUGUUGGGCCGGGGAGGUUGGCGUUCAUGCAUGAGAUUCGCAGGGGGAGCCAGUGCAGCCCCUUAGCUAGUUAACUACCUAGCUUGCCCCCCUCCCUGCCAAAGGAUCUGGAAUCUCUAACCCCAAACUCCCUCAGGCUGCACAAGCUGGCUUCAACUCACAACCUCAGGCCACCAUGCAAGGACAGCAUUCGCCAUCUAGGAUACAUCUAGUUGCUGUCUGAGCUGGAAGAGCUACACUGGGCCAUAAGUUAACUGUCCCGUGAGAGAAGAUGGACGGGCGGAAACCCCCGCCUGCAAUGGCGCCCAAACAGCACGCUGGAUCGUCAGGGCGACAGAGCACUCUCACAACAAACAAUGAGCGUGAGCAGCUGGUGAGCUCCUUCAAUCAGCUCUCGUUGGCUCCUCAGGCUGCUUUGCCCCGUCAGUCCCCCUCGCGAACCUCUUCCCAAUCCUAUCGAACCCUCGACAAGCCCCAGCAGGCGCAACAUGAUGCUCUCGCGCACCGUUCUCCCGUUCCUCGAAGAACACCCAGCAUUAACUCUUUGAGGGAAGACCGUCGGUCCUCCACCCCGUCUUUGAAGAAACGCUUGUCUACCGCUUCGCUCCGCUCCGUUCAGAACUCCAACGGCGUUGGCUCUCCGCGCCCCAGCACCUCGAGACGCGCGUCCCACCAAUUCCUAUCAACGCCAGGAUCGAUGAUGCGACCAAUAUCCCCUUCCGUCAUGUCGGAAUGUCCUUCACCUCCUCCCCUGCCCACCGCCUCAUCCAUCGCUGCGGAGCAUUUCGAGAAAGAGCUUGCGCUUCACCAGUCCACAGACCUACGAUCAAAGACGGUCGUGAUCCUUCAAGAUGCUUGUUAUGGACAUAGAUAUUCACGCCCAAGGACUUCUAAAGCGGGGUUAGAAUCCAUAGUGGAGCGCCCGGAACGUCUACGCGCAGGGAUCUUGGGUGUCGCGUCUGCGUACGUUCGGAUGGGGAAAAGAUGGGGGAAUCAUCGCUGUGCACCUCACCCCGACCUAGACCUAAGUUCGUUACCGGUGCCCCCGUUUCAGAUUCUGAAAACGACGAGAACUUUACCGUUAAACUCUCCAGCGAUCACACAUGUCCAUGGGGCAAAGUGGAUGGGAGAACUGAAAAUGAUGUGUGACGCGGCGGAAUCGCGCUUGGCGCUGAAUGGCAAGGAGCUUGUUCGUCCAAACAGUUCAGGAAGUGAUAGCUCUGGUUCCGUGCCGAAACUUCAUGAAGGUGAUUUAUAUCUCUGUCCGGAGUCUUUAAAUGCGUUUGAAGGUGCAUUGGGAGGCGUGUGUGAGGCGAUUGAUACCGUUUUUGAGUCGGAUGCCACACGUCGAGCUUUUGUAUGCAUUCGUCCCCCCGGGCACCACUGUUCCUCAAAUUUUCCUUCUGGAUUUUGCUGGCUGAAUAAUGUACAUGUCGGCAUCGCGCACGCUGCAAUGACCCACGGUCUUACACAUGCCGCGAUUAUUGACUUUGACUUGCAUCAUGGCGAUGGCUCUCAGGCUAUUGCUUGGGAACAGAAUCAAAGGGCCAUAUCGGCAUCCAGGAAUGCGCCACUGCAUAAAAAGACCAGGAUCGGAUAUUUCAGUUUGCACGAUAUCAACUCAUAUCCGUGCGAAAGUGGCGAUGAAGCUAAAGUCAUGAGCGCCAGCGUCUGCAUUGACAAUGCUCAUGGACAGUCCGUUUGGAAUGUGCACCUUGAACCAUGGAAGGACGCCAUGGAGUUCUGGCAGCUCUACAAUACGAAAUACGCGGUCCUUCUAGAUAAGGCUCGCUGUUUCUUGCGGUCAUGCUCCCAACAGUUGCGCGACUCGCCAAAUUCUACACACCCAAAAGCUGCGAUUUUCCUCUCUGCGGGAUUCGACGCUAGUGAAUGGGAAGGGAUCGGCAUGCAGAGGCAUAAAGUCAACGUUCCGACGGACUUCUACGCUAAAUUUACGUCAGAUAUCAACCGACUCGCCGAAGAAGAAGAUCUAGCCGUGGAUGGAAGGAUUAUUAGUGUCCUUGAAGGAGGAUAUAGUGAUCGAGCGCUAACUAGCGGUAUUUUCAGCCACCUCUCAGCGCUUGCUGAUACUCGAAAUGUUGUUGUCGACGAUAUGGAUGCGCAAAGCCGCCUCGCUUCUGAAAUGUUCAGUCGCCUUAACCUGAGUGAUAAGGCUAGCAAUGCUCCAAGUUGUGACUCAACUGAGGAACCCAUACUUUUUGAUACUAUAUGGUGGACUGGACCUAUGUUGGAAGAACUUGAGAUAAUUGCACAGAAACCGCCUCCGGCGCCUAUUCGUAAGCUCCGUGAAAAGGGUCAGCCAAGCUUUUUGGCACACACCCAGGCAUCCGCUGCGAAAGCCGUCACCCCAGUCAGGGAACGUGGUGUUUUGUUUUCACACCAUGCUACUCUGGAUGAGCCGUUCUCCCUUCCAGAAGUCGACUGGGCCCUGGCAGCGGUUGAACUGUCGAAGGCCAUCAUACCUACUGAUAGGCAAACUUCGAGCUUAAAGCACGCUGAUUUGAAGGGAGAGAACGCAAGGUCCAAACGAGAGCGCCAUUCGCUGACAGGAUCUACUGACCUUGAAAGUGUUUCUGAACGCGGGCAUAUGCAACUUCGGGAAAGAAAGCCUAAAGCACCGGUCAUCCCAGAGCUGCAGCCCGGAAAUUCAAGAUCAUCAUCUCGCAGUACUCGUCGGACCACCAUUGCAUCAUCCAGUGAUCUGGCUGAUGGUGCUCUUCCUGAAACACCAAUUGAGUCCCUUGAUCAGACUCAGGUGGUGGUGCCACAGCAUUCACGAAAACUUAGCGUCACUUCGAGCGUGGCAUCGGUGGGCAGUGCAGCUCCUAGGAAUAUCUCUCUGCGCAAACCUCGUGAAGCUUCCAGCCGUCCAGUUAGCCGGGCACAAGCAAGUACUAGGCCUGCGACAUCUAUGGGGAUAAAUGUGCAAAAGCAGAGAGCUGUGGGAGUGGGUGAUCGAUCAGGAUCCAGGAAAUCCACUCCGCUCGACACCACCUCCGCACAAUCCCAGCACGGAGAUGUCGACCACCUUUCCAAUGGCGUGAAAAAAUUAAGCCUUAAACUGAAAGUUCCGACUCCCGAAGAGCAUGCUGCGAGGGAAGCUGCAAGAAUUGCCGAAGAACGGAAUAGAAAUAUGUCAAAGACAGCUAAGAAGACCCCUGCCGCAAAGCCGACGAAGCAGAUCGCAGGAAAGUCUACAUCGAAAACUUCGCGUAAUGCGACUAUUUCAGAAGCUCCGAGAGCUGAGUCUGACACCGCCGACCCACGUAUGAUUCCUCUUCCCUCAGAAUCAACCCCAGUCUCGUCUACCGAGCACUCACUCGCAAUCUCUGCAGGUCGCGAACAGCACCAAACUACCGACCACCCGUCUUUUCCUUCUCCGCCCCUUACACCAUUGUCACCCUGCGCCAGACCCCAAACCACAGUCAAGUCGGCCCCUCCAAAAGCUUACACAAAGGAAGACCUUCCUGUUUUCACCUCGACUUCUGUCAUUCCCUUUGGCCCUUCCCGCGAUAGCAAUACCGGUUCAUAGUUGAUAUACCCUUCGAACGAAUCCAUUGUCUAGUUAGUGUGCUUCCCUUUGGACUGAUCCUUACGCUUUAUUUUCUUUUCGCCCUUUUUAAUCACCCACAUAUCUAUUCCUUUCGUUCCAUACCCCAGCGUAGUCUGUUGGGACAUUAGUUUCUGGUGUUGGCGUUGCAUAUUACCCACACUGUCUAUCCAUAUACCCUAUAUCUUCUUUAUUCCUGUUUUUGUCUUCAAUCCACUAGUUUAUUCACAAUUACAUUGAGUAUUAGUAUGUAUUUAAUC